UCGGGAUCGAGACAGAGCUGGUGUCGAAAAGGCAGCCAUAGCCACCUUAACGAUCCUCCAGCAAGCUCAGAAAUACCGCUUGCAACGAUGCGACGACUGGCCUACCUCGCCUGCAGCGCCACCGCGCUGGUCACGCCCCGGAGGCGACCACUGCUACACAAGCAGCCCGCCUUCCACCGACCAACCGCUUUACAUGCUUUCGACCCGGCGACGGUCGCCGCCUUCGACCCGUCGAAGUUCGCGCCCGUGUGUACCGCGAGCGACGCCAUCUACCGCGGCGCGCAGCAGUCGCUCGCGAUCAUCGUCGGACCGAAAGUCUUCGAGGAGUACGCUCCCUUGAUCGCGGGCGGUCUGUUGCGUGUGAGAUUAGAACUGUGCGUCGUCGAGUCCUUCUUCGGCGAGGCCGUGUUGCCCUUCGUUCAGAAGAAUGGCCUGUCCUGGGUCCUACCUUUUCACGAAACGGUGGAAACUUUUUUAGCGGGCACGAUCUUCGCGUUGGUCCUGAAUUUUAUUUUAGUCGGCUCGACGAAGAUUUUACAGGUCGUCGUGACGUGGUUCGACUUUUUUUUGGGCAUGCCGUCGCGGUUCGUUUCUACGAAAGCUAUUGAGCAAUUGAGCGACGAAGACGACGCGUCGCCGAAGCCCGCCGUCGUCGCCUUUACCGUGUCGAAGACGGCGGGCGAGGCCAUCGGGCUCGCUAGACAAUUCGUCGACGCGCUCGACGUGUUCACGUCGCAGUACCUGUCGCUGACGACGGCGGCGUACAUCACGUUCAAGUUCCUGCACUUCCGGGUGUUCGACUAG